AUGAAGCUCACGUUCAAGGACCUCAAACAACAAAAGUUUGUAAUCGAUGCAGAACCCUCGGAGACGGUCGGAGAAGUGAAGGGAAAAAUCUCCCAGGAGAAAGGAUGGGAAGUUGCCCAGUUGAAGCUCAUCUAUUCAGGAAAGAUCCUUCAAGAUGACAAGACCAUCGAGUCGUACAGCAUUGAGGAGAAAGGUUUCAUAGUGUGCAUGGUGUCCAAGCCCAAGCCUUCUGCCUCCGGCGCUUCUACACAGGCCCCCUCCACCCCUGCAAGAGUAGCUGCUUCGACGCCCGCUGCCCCUGCUGCCCCUGCUGCCCCUGCUGCCCCUGCUGCCCCUGCUGCCCCUGCCCCGUCGGCAUCCACUGCUUCACCGGCAGCUCCCGCAACUCCCUCUCCCGCCGCCUCGGGAACUUCUCAGCCCGCCGGUCCCGCCUUCAACGAUCCCUCGGCUCUGCUGCGUGGCUCGCAAAGCGAGGCAGUGGUCGCUCAGAUGGAAAGUAUGGGAUUCCCAAGAAGCGAUAUCAACCGUGCAAUGAGGGCUGCCUUCUUCAACCCUGACCGCGCCAUUGAGUACCUCCUGAACGGCAUCCCGGAUAACAUCCAGGAGGAACAACAGCAGCAAGUCGCCGCCGCAAGCGCACCCCAAACAUCCGCGUCUCCUGCAGAAGAAAGUGCCCCGGCCCCGGUUGGUGACGAACAUGUUAACCUGUUCGAAGCUGCCGCCCAGGCUGGAGGUCAGGAAGGCGGCACUCGAGGUGCCCGCCCGGGAGCUGGGUCCGGCGAAGGUCUUCCCAGCCUCGAUUUCCUCCGGAACAACCCUCACUUCCAGCAACUUCGUCAGCUAGUCCAGCAACAACCGCAGAUGCUCGAGCCUAUCCUGCAACAAGUUGCUACCGGCAAUCCUCAAAUUGCGCAGCUCAUCGGACAGAACGAGGAGCAGUUUCUCCAAUUGUUGAGCGAGGAGGAUGACGCGGCUCUCCCCCCCGGCACGCAUCAAAUCCACGUCACAGAAGAGGAACGGGACGCCAUUGAACGCCUCUGCCGACUUGGAUUUUCUCGGGAUCUCGUCAUCCAGGCCUACUUCGCUUGCGACAAGAACGAAGAGCUCGCUGCUAAUUAUCUGUUCGAGAACCCGGACGACCCUGAUGAUCUAUGA